AUGGUUCCAAAAGUGCUCACUGACAACGAAAAGUCACACCGCGUUGAAACGUGCCAAGAAAAUCUCAACAUGUGCAAACGUGAGCGAACAUUUUUGGACAACGUCAUUACAGAUGACGAGACUUGUGUAUUUGAAUAUGACCCGGAGACCAAAAGGCAAUCAUCUGAGUGGCAUAUGCAUUCGUCCCCUCCCCAGAAGAAAGCCAGGAUGAGCAAAUCAAAGAUGAAGAUCAUGCUCAUCGUUUUUUUUUCUGACAUCGACGAACUGGUUCAUCAUGAGUUUGAAGAACCUGGAACCACUGUGAACUCCAAAUUUUAUGUGGAUGUCCUCGAAAGACUGAAACGCAGGGUUCAACACAUCCGGCCGGACAUUGCACACAACUGGAAGUUGCACCACGAUAAUGUGCUGACCCACAGUGCCUUCGUCACCGACUAA